AUGGGCUUGGUGGAAAACGUUCUUGAGAAUGUCAACCUCAAGGUGGUUGUCGUAUUCGGCGUCGUAGCCUGGUGGUUGUGGGUUGCCGUCAAGCGGUUCGAUGAGACUAUCCGAUUGCGCCGUCUGGCGCCUGGAGUGCGUGGUCAAUCGCUCAAUGCCCGUCUUCCUGGCGGCAUCGAUUUCAUCUUCAAGGCCGUCCGCGGGACCAUGAAACACAAGAACGUCGAGUUUUGGGAGGAUAUGCUCUCCGCAGUAAAGGGAUGGACCGGCGAGAAGAGGGUUCUCGGCAUGCGCAUCGUCUUCACCGCCGAGCCCGAGAACAUCAAAGCCAUCCUGGCCACCCAGUUCUCCGACUACGGUAAAGGACAGCCCUUCCACGAGGAGUGGAAGGAGUUCCUCGGCGACAGCAUCUUCACCACCGACGGCGACCAGUGGCACGCCAGCCGCCAGCUCAUCCGACCCCAGUUCAUCAAGGACCGUGUCAGUGACCUGCACAUAUUUGAGUCCCACAUCCAGACCCUCUUUAAAGCCAUCGCCAACGGCGGCGCCGUCAACGGCGAGGACCAGCAUGUCAACUUGGAUGCCGUCGACGGCAAAGUCCUGGAUAUCUCGGAGCUAUUCUUCCGUUACACCCUUGAUGUGGCUACUGACUUUCUCCUGGGCCAGGACGUGAAGUCGCUUUCCACCCCCAGACAGGAGUUCGCUGAAGCUUUCAACGAAGUCCAACGAGUCCAGAACAUAAUCGCACGCGCUAAUAAGCUGAAGCCCUUUGUACCCCUCUUCUCGUUUCGGUCCGGCCUAAAGGUCAUCAACGGAUUCGUUAACAAGUUCAUUGAGAGGGCCCUCCGCCUCAGCCCUGAGGAGCUCGCCUCCAAGACCAAAUCCGACCAGGGCUACACCUUCCUCCACGAGCUUGCCAGCUUCACCCGCGACCGCAAGGUCCUCCGCGACCAGCUCGUUGCCGUCCUUCUCGCCGGCCGUGACACCACGGCUUCCUCUCUCUCCUGGACUCUAUACGAGUUGGGCCGCCACCCGGAAGUCGUCACCCGGCUGCGCGCUGAGAUCAUCGAGCAGGUCGGUCCAGACCGCGCCCCGACGUACGCCGAUCUCAAGAACAUGAAGUACCUCCAGAACAUCAUGAACGAGACCCUGCGCCUGUAUCCCGUGGUCCCCUUCAACGUUCGCCUGGCCCUUAAGGACACAACACUCCCCGUUGGCGGCGGUCCGGAUGGCACGCUUCCCCUGGCCGUUUGCAAGGACACGCCAAUCGGAUACUCGACCCUCCUCAUGCAGCGGCGCGAGGACUUGUACCCGCCCGUCUCUGAGACCUUUGCGCACCCGAGCGAGUUCUCUCCCGAUCGCUGGUUCCACUGGCAGCCGAAGCCAUGGACGUAUAUCCCCUUCAACGGUGGCCCGCGCAUUUGCAUCGGCCAGCAAUUCGCCCUGACAGAGAUGAGCUACACGCUCUGCCGCCUGUUUCAGAGAUUUGAAAGAAUCGAGAGCCAUAUGGACGCCGUCGAUGGCGGGGAACCGACGCUCAAGGCUGAGAUUGUGCUACAGCCCGGAGAUGGCGUCAAAGUUGCUUUCUGGCAGGCGAAACAGGACUAA